AGUGCGAAGAAAGCGAUGCCCACUUUCCUUUUCACGACAGCAUCUGAAGGGGGAAAAGGAAAAAAAAAAUUAAAUAAAAUUAAAUAAAAAUCCCACUGUUUUCGGAGCUUAAAAAUGGCGCUUUUUUCUUCUUAAAACCCUAAAAAACAACUAAAAUCGAGAAGCAGAGAACGAUGGUGGCUCGAAAAGUCGGCAAGUAUGAAGUCGGCCGUACGAUCGGAGAGGGGACUUUUGCGAAGGUGAAGUUCGCGCAGAACACGGAGACUGGGGAGAGCGUCGCCAUGAAGGUGCUCGAUCGAGCUACCAUCAUCAAGCAUAAGAUGGUCGACCAGAUUAAGAGGGAAAUUUCUAUAAUGAAGCUUGUGAGGCACCCGCACGUCGUUCGUCUGCACGAGGUGUUGGCGAGCCGAACGAAGAUAUACAUAAUAUUGGAAUUCAUUACGGGCGGAGAAUUGUUCGAUAAAAUUGUUAAACAUGGAAAACUUAGUGAAACUGAUUCACGAAGAUACUUUCAACAGCUCAUUGACGGAGUGGAAUAUUGUCACACCAAGGGUGUUUACCAUCGAGAUUUGAAGCCUGAAAACCUUCUCCUUGAUUCACAAGGAAAUCUCAAAAUUUCAGACUUCGGCCUCAGUGCGCUGCCAGCGCAAGGUGUUAGGCUUCUCCGAACUACUUGUGGGACUCCAAAUUAUGUCGCACCAGAGGUGCUCAGUCAUAAGGGUUAUGAUGGUGCCAUUGCAGAUAUCUGGUCAUGUGGUAUCAUUCUCUACGUUUUAAUGGCAGGAUAUCUCCCAUUUGACGACGUUGAUUUGGGUACCCUAUACAGCAAGAUUGAGAAAGCAGAAUUUUCUUUUCCAUCAUGGUUUUCACUCGGAGCAAAAUCCCUAAUUCAGCGAAUUUUGGAUCCUUGUCCUGAUUCUCGUAUCCGAAUGGAAGAAAUCAAAAGUGAUGAGUGGUUUAGGAGGAACUAUACACCUGCCAGACAUUUUGAAAAUGAGGAUGUUAACCUUGAUGAUGUAUAUGCUGUCUUUAAUGAUUCCGAGGAUGAUAAUGCUACCGAACAACUUCAAACAGUGGAAUCACGCCCCCUUAUUCUUAACGCAUUUGAUCUUAUUAUUUUAUCCCAAGGACUGAACCUUUCAUCACUGUUUGACCGAAGAGAAGAUUAUGUGAAACAUCAAACUCGCUUUCUUUCACGCAAACCAGCAAAAGUUAUUAUGUCUACGAUGGAAGUUGUUGCGCAGUCAAUGGGAUACAAGACACAUAUUCGUAAUUACAAGAUGAGAGUGGAAGGCCUUUCAGCAGAUAAAACAACAUAUUUUUCUGUUAUGCUGGAAAUUUUUGAAGUUGCACCAUCAAUAUUUAUGGUCGAAAUUCAAAGAGUCUCUGGAGAUGUCACUGAGUGUCUUAAGUUCAACAAGAGCUUUUGCAACAAAUUGGAUGAAAUUAUCUGGAAGCCACCUAUUGAGAAGAGUAAGUCAAGGAUCAGCCGGAUGUCGAAACGAUAAAAUUUGCUUUUGGGUGCCUCUAACAGCUAAAAGACUAGCCCGAGAAGUCUCUAUCGAGUUGAUCCUAGUCGUCUAUUGAUUUACUAUCUGAAGCAUCUGAAGACUGCUUCUGACUAUAAAAGUAUAUGUUGAUGCCACCAGCUCUUGUGUGUUUUUUGAUGGGAAUUUUGGAGUUUAGCAUCCCAUUUCUUUAAAUGUUGUACAUGUAUGAGACUUAUAUGUGAGGCUGUACAUUGUAAUCACAAUUGAAAUUAUGUAUAUGGUGGAAGUAUGGUUAUGAUUGAGUGCCUUAACAGAUAA